AUGAACCCCUCGGAGUGCAUGCUUACUCACCUCCUGUAUUCCCUGUUCACCCAUGACUGCAAGGCGGUGCACAACUCCAAUACCAUAAUUAAGUUUGCCGAUGACAUGACGGUGCUAGGCCUGAUCACCAACAACGAUCUGACAGCCCACAGGGAGGAGGUCAGAGACCUGGCAGUUCGAGCAGAGUGUUUGGCUGGUAGUUCUACAUCACAGAUUGGAGCAGGGUGUGUGGCUGGUAGGUUACAUCACAGAGUGGAGCGGGGCGUGUGGCUGGUAGGUUACAUCACAGAGUGGAGCAGGGUGUGUGGCUGGUUGGUUACAUCACAGAGUGGAGCGGGGCGUGUGGCUGGUUGGUUACAUCACAGAGUGGAGCAGGGUGUGUGGCUGGUAGGUUACAUCACAGAGUGGAGCGGGGUGUGUGGCUGGUUGGUUACAUCACAGAGUGGAGCAGGGUGUGUGGCUGGUAGGUCUACAUCACAGAGUGGAGCGGGGUGUGUGGCUGGUAGGUUACAUCACAGAGUGGAGCAGGGUGUGUGGCUGGUAGGUUACAUCACAGAGUGGAGCGGGGCGUGUGGCUGGUUGGUUACAUCCCAGAGUGGAGCGGGGUGUGUGGCUGGUAGGUUACAUCACAGAGUGGAGUGGGGCGUGUGGCUGGUUGGUUACAUCACAGAGUGGAGUGGGGUGUGUGGCUGGUUGGUUACAUCACAGAGUGGAGCAAGGUGUGUGGCUGGUAGGUUACAUCACAGAGUGGAGUGGGGCGUGUGGCUGGUUGGUUACAUCACAGAGUGGAGUGGGGUGUAUGGCUGGUUGGUUACAUCACAGAGUGGAGUGGGGUGUGUGGCUGGUAGGUUACAUCACAGAGUGGAGCGGGGUGUGUGGCUGGUAGGUUACAUCACAGAGUGGAGCGGGGCGUGUGGCUGGUUGGUUACAUCACAGAGUGGAGCGGGUUGUGUGGCUGGUAGGUCUACAUCACAGAGUGGAGCAGGGUGUGUGGCUGGUAGGUUACAUCACAGAGUGGAGCGGGGUGUGUGGCUGGUAGGUUACAUCACAGAGUGGAGUGGGGUGUGUGGCUGGUCUGGUACCAGAUGACACAGGGGUUGAUGGACAGUUGUGCAGCAUUGCCUUCCUCUGCAGGCAGGUCCUCCACCUGCAGACAGGCCAAUCUGUACACACACACACACACA